AUGACUAUCCACAACGGCAAGCUCCGAGUAAAAUCAACAUAUUCACUGUCUGCCACGGUGGAGCGACGUGUAGUUGGAAGGGUAACAAGAUCCUACAGAGUCAAGCGGGAGUUUCCCUUCAUCUGCAACCCCGUCAUCCAGAAUCUCCCCUCAUUAUGCGCCGUCGCAAUUUCGGCUGAUAAGCUAAGUCGAAGCGGCAAACUUGCCCCUAGAGAGUCUGCAGAGAGCAAUUAUGAAGAAUCUCUGCCUUUGUACUCGCCGUCCUUGCAGAUGGAGAUAAUUCUCCCUCAACCACCAGUACUGAUUCUCGGGCGUGGGACGCCAGUGAAAUUGGUGCUUCACACGCCGCGAGAGAUAAUGCAAUCCGCUACCAUCUACGUACGGAGUGUCAAAUUGCAAUUAAAGGCUACUAUAUCUGCUCUUCCGCGAUCGACUUGGCAUAGUGUGACUGACACACGUCUUGGAAACACUAUAAGCGGAGCGGUGCCCAUCAAGUCUGAGCAUUUCCAGCUGGAACUGGGGGCUUGGGGAAUGUUGAUGGCCAUGCAGUCCCGACCGUCCUUGAAUUCCUGCCUGUUAAAAGUUGCAUACUCCCUUGAAGUCGUCACAGGCCUAUCGAAUGGAUUAGAAGGUCCUAUACAGUACCUCACGGCUUCUCUGGACGUUCUUGUGAUGGAUCCCCCUCCACCAUAUGAAGCUGUAGUUCCUAAUGUUUUGUAA